AUGACGUCGGUUGCAACACGACCCGUGCAAGUCAUCGAGGGCAAAGACAUUGAUGCUCGGAAGCUCAUUGGCCUGCUCAGUGAUGUUUACGGCCAGGACAAUUUCCGUGUGGAAUUGCGAUUGAACCGCUAUAGGAUCUACCCAGCAACGGAUACCGCAGACGGGCUGACGCCAGUAGGAGUCCUCAAUGAGGCGGAGCUACGGAGGAAGAAGAGCUAA